AUGUUUGCCUCACUUUCUUGCAACUCCUUUGAAGAACGAGAGAAUCCAACUAAUUAUAUCUCAUUGGUGAGGCUACAAACUUUGCUUUUCAACGGAUCAGUAACUCUGGGGACGAAUCAGCAGGAAAACACGGAUGCCGAUCUCGAAAUGCUCUACCUACCCGACAGCAACCCAGUGAUCCAGGGCAUGAAACCCCAGUACCUCCCAAGCGACUGGGUUGAUCUGACUUGCAUCUCCCGAAGGUCCAAACCGGCGCCUGUUCUCACCUUCAGGAUCAACUCGGAGCUAGCGACGGCGGGAUGGCUCGAACCCCAAGAGAACCGGCAGGACGAGAACGGCCUCUUCACGUCUUCGUUACGCCUGAGGUUCUCCCUUCUGCCACGCCUUCUGGAGGAGGGGGACGUGCGGGUGCUCUGCGUCGCCGAGAUCGAUGGCAUCUAUCGCGAAGCUUCGGAGGAAAUGCUGUUAAUCUCCCCUCGGUACCAGGCUUCAGUCCGCGAGGGAGGAGCCGCUGUCGGUACGCCCCCUCACCCCUGCCACGCCGGGUUGUUGGCGCUGCUCACCCUUCUCGUGUCCUCUGCCACCCAGCCUCUGCUAUGA